AUGUCUUCGUCCGACGAGGAGGUUGUUCGCCGUCCGGGACGUAGCGCAGGCGCUGGUCAGCCUGCCAGCCCAUCCGGAAGUGAACAAAGAAGUGAACACAAUGGAUCCGCCGCGCGCGAUCAAAGCCCCGUUGCCUCCGACACGGGAAAUAUGAAUAUGGAUGAUGACGACGCUGAUCUCUUCGGAUCAGAUGGGUCGGACGGCGGAUUUGGAAAUGACACUGAACAACCGCACCGGACAUUGGACGACGAGGAACUCGACUCGGGAGAUGAUAUGGAACGAUACGACCGAGCUGGCGAGCGCAUGGAUUAUGAAGCUGGCGGCGAGGGAGACUACCAGGAAACAGUGAACAUUAUGGACUUGAGUUUGGGCCGGGCACCCGAACCCUUAACAUCCAACGGCGAGAUAUACACAAUGCCCGUCCCUCAUUUCUUGUCGGUAGAAACCGAGGAGUUCAACCCCGAGACUUAUGUUGCACCCCCGUUCUCGACCGCAGCGACGUCUCUUUGUUGGCGACACGACCCAAACAACGAAGAGCUUCUCCAGUCCAACGCUCGUAUCAUUCGCUGGGAAGAUGGCUCCAUGACGCUUCAACUGGCUUCGGCGCCCAAGGAACAAUACAGAAUCUCCACCAAACCUCUUGCACCUCUGAACAAAUCCGGAGACUACGACACGAAACUGGACUCUCAUGUUUACCUGGGUGCCGCGGCGGAGACAUCAUCCGUGUUUAGACUGACAUCGCAUCUGACUCACGGUCUCACGGUGUAUCCCACGGCUGUAGAAACCGAUGAUGCCGUGCAGCGACUCCAAGAGUCGUUGGCUGCCGCCGCGCGGGGUGGCAAGAAGACGGUGGACGGCUCCGCACCGGUUAUCGAAGUGAAGGAGGAUCCCGAGUUGGCGAAACGCCAGGCAGAACUGGCCGAGCGAGAGAAAUUGAAGGCCGCGCGUCGUCGGCAGCAGCUCCAAGAACGGGAGCUGGACCGUGGCAGCCGUCGCGGGUAUGGCCGUACAGGAGGUGCUGGACUUACUGUGGGUGGAUUGGAAGAUGACGACUUGCUUUCGAGACCCCGGGCCAAGAAGCCUCGUCGGCCCAACCGCCGCGGGGAGAUCUAUACCGAUGAUGAGGAAGACUACGACCGUCGUGGCCGCACGAGGGAGGAUGAAUAUGAUGAAGAUGAUGGCUUCCUUGUUGGCAGCGAUGAAGAGCCUGAAGUCGUUGACGACGAGGAGGACGAGGAUAUCCUCGAAGACGAAGACAUGGAUGCGGAAGGCGAGGAAGAGGAAGCUCCCGCUCGGACUAAAGAGAGACGAGCAUCUCCUGAAGGUGGCGCUGCAGGAACUCCACCGGUGCGGAAGAAGAACCGCUUCAUCGUGGAGGAUGAUGAUGAAGAAUAA